AUACAAAUAGAAGCCACAUAUAUCACCAUCGAUAGUUGAAGCCUAUCAACAACCAGCGCUAAGAAUCUAUUUUUAAAGUAGGAGUGCUGUACAUGGCAGGGGAGAAUGUUUUUGUCAGCUACUUCUGGGAACUCUAUAUGGAACAUUCAGAUACCUUUCUCAGAGGAAGCUAAAUACUGGGCUUUAGGGACUUCUGUUUUUCUUUUUCUCAUUGCCAUCUGUAUAAUGAUAUGGCAAAUUCAUCGAUAUUGCACACAACUGACUGGCUCCAGACAUACUGUUAAUAGCUCACUAUUAGACAUCCGAUCUGCAAAAGAUGAAGCAUCUAAAAACUCACAGAUACCCAACUACCAGCUAUAUUUCCACCAGGGUGAAUUAGGACCCUUACGUCGCUGUCUGUCCAGCAACUCUGAUCUGGCCAGCAGUACUGACAGUCUCUGGGAUGUGGAUAAGGAAGACAUUCAGGGCACACUGCGCUUCUCACUCUUCUAUGAUCAGCUCCAGUCACGGUUGGUGGUGACUGUAUUGGAGGCAAGAGGCCUGGCGACUCAAACAUUCAGCCAGAGUGUGGACUACUUCGUUCAUGUACGAGUGCUGUGUAUAGCGGUGGAAGAUGAAGAGCAACAGCUUACUUGUGUGCUUCAGGAGUGGCAGACACACCCAAUCAAGAACAACUGCAACCCUACAUUUGGGGAUACGUUUUCCUGCACAGUGACUGAGGAAGAAAUGCACAAGUUAACAGUGCGCCUGGAGGUGAGAAAUUUUGAUAAAUACUCCCGACAUGGAAUUCUGGGGCAGGUCCGUGUAUCUCUGAAAGGUCUGAAUAUCUUAUUACCUUUGGAAAUGCUGGCAGACCUACAAAGACCAAAGAAAGACAUUGUUGGUGAAGUCCUUCUGUCUCUCAAAUAUAUGCCCACGUCUCAUAGACUGGAGGUGGGAGUCCUGAAGAUCAGGAUGGUUUUCCGCUCUAGUAAGGUGGAAAGAGCUUUAUAUGCCAGAACCAAAAUUGUGUGUAACCAGUGUAGGAUUAGACAUCAGAGAACCUCUGAGAGGACUCGUUGGGAUGUGACUGUGUUCAAUGAGGUUCUGAUCUUCAAUCUACCAGAAGCUCAGAUUAGGGAAUGCAUCCUGACUUUAUCUGUCUAUGAGCUCUGUCCACGAAAGAGGUCCAAGUGCCUAAUUGGUCAGCUAAGCUUUGGGAAAGGCGAAAAUGUGGAGGAUGAUCACUGGAGGCUAAUGAUGCAUGCACUUCGACAGCCAGUUGCCAAAUGGCAUUUACUCUACUUAUAAAAGUAGCCACACCAUGGACAUAGUUAUGGACUUGAAAGUGGACGUGAAUACUCUUGUAAACAACACAAAAUUGUUUUUUACAAAAAGGUUGGAAAACACAUCAUGUGACAGCUCUAGAAAAUUUAGGGCAUGAACAGAACACAUAAAAAAGCAUGUAUAAGCAGUUCAGUUUGUUUUACAACUAUUUACAUAUGUUACUUUUGUUCUAUGAAGGUAAAUUAAUUGCGAUGGGCAGUGUGAAUCAUGUAAAAGCUGCUCAGGUGUUGCGAGGGCCAAUAGUGUUAUAGAAUCUUUAAAAAGUUUAAUGUCAAGUAGAAAAAGCACAAAAGUCCUGGAGCGGACCUCUAAAUAAUCUAAAUAAUUUCCAAAUUAAAAUACAUAAUACCUCAUUAAAAUAUGCUACAAUAUGUUCUUUUUAA